CGCGCGCUGCGGCCGUUGGCCCCUUUGAACGCCGGGCCGCGGGGUCCCAGCGCUGUCAUGGCGUCCGCGCGCGCGCCGCUCCGCCGCCACCUCCACAGCGACGGGAGCGCCGCACGUACGCCCCUGCAAGGAUCUGGUAACCUUAAGCCAUCAGAUGGAGCGGGAAGUUUGCCAUCCUCUGAAGCACGCCAAGGGCUUAGGAAACAGAAGGAUGAGACAAAUCUGAGCAGUGAGAAGAGUGCACCCACCCCAGUAAUUGCAAGGAGACUCACAUCUCUUGGAUCAACACCGGCUAAUGGGAUUGUGAAGACUAGAAAAGAUGUUAUGCUUAUGAAAGAGAAAAAGAAACAGAAGACACUGGAGAAGGAGAUUCGUGCAUUGGUGAGAGAACGUGGAGAACAGGAUAAAAAACUUCGGGCUCUGGAUGAAGAUCUUGUUAAGAUUGAAGCAAAACUGAGUGCUGCAGUUCAGGAGAAAACCUCUCUUUCAGCAAAUGUUGCAUGCCUGAAAAAACAGCUUCUGGAGUUAACAAGAAGCAAUGAACUACUAAAGUCAAAGCUGUCUGAAGAUGGUGUGCAGAAGAAAAUGAGCAGCCUGUGCAUGGAGUUGAUGAAGCUCAGAAAUAUGAGGGAUGCGAAGGAAAAGACUGCACUGGCAAAGCAGGAAAACAUGGAAAUGAAGCUGCAGGAAGUGCAAAGGAAUCUAGAGCAUUCAAAAGGAAAAGUAGCACAGUUACAAGAAAAAUUGUCUGCUACUGAGAGAGAGAAAUUUGAAGAAAAGUCUGACACUGAAAAACUCUUGGAAUAUAUUACCGAGCUCAGUAGUGUUGCAGAAACAGCUGAGAAAUACAAACUAGAUAUUGCCCAGAUGGAGGAGACACUGAGUAAGAAAGAGCAAGAUAUUAAGAUACUGAAGAAUACGCUCCAAGUAAAAGAGGAAGAGUCAUGUAAACUGAUGAAAGAACUUGAUGAGAGGUGUCAAUUGCUUCAACAAGAGAAAGAGAAAGAGUUGUCUGAGGCCAAAGGACAAUUCCUAAGUAUGAAUGCUGAAAUAGAAGACCUGAAAAGAAAAAUUGAUUUGGUGGAACAAGAACACCAAAAACUCCUUCAGAAACAUGAGGAGGCUGUGUCUCAGCUGCAGCAAGAGAAGGAGUCAUCUGCAUCAAUGCAGCAGAAGUUACUAGAGUUUGAAGAUGAAGUAGCAAGUGAGAGACAUCUUCUGGAAGAAGAGCUGAAUGGUACCAUGAAGGAGCUGAAUAAAUUGCAUGCAAAGGAAAAGAAGGCUGAAAAGUUGGUGAAGCGACUGGAACAAGAAAUCAAAUCCCAAGGUCUUGAACUUGGACAGAUGGAAGAAGAGUUGAAAAGAAAGAAUUUAGAGUUGGAGCAAAUCAAGGCAAUGCAUAGCAGUGCUGUAUUGAAAAUCCAAGAAGAGCACAGCAAUACACUGCAGGAACUUGGAAAGACUAUUGCUGACUUUGAAAGCUACAAGAAAACAUCAGCUGAAGAAAUUUGCAGUUUUAAACUGGAGAAUUCCUCUCUGCGAGAAGAAGUUGCCAACCUAAAAAAAGUAGGCCAAGAGAAUCUGCAGUUGCUUCAAGAAGCAGAGUACACUAAAAACAAAGCAGAUGAAGAAUAUGCAAGGAUGCUUUUAGAAGUUGAGACCAAGCUUGCAUUAACAGAAGCAGAAGCAGAGAGGACAAAAGAGUUGUGCCUUGCACAAAUGACUAACCUUCAGGAGAAACUUGAGGAGCAAACUGAAGAUCUGAAAAGAGAACUUGAAGCAGAGCGAUCAAGGAAAACCAUAAAUGAAGAUGUGACCUCUAGCUUAGAGAAAGAGAUCAAGACCUGGCGUAAACUGUAUGAAGAUUUACAUAACAAAGUUAAGCCUUUUCAGCAACAAUUAGAUGCUUUUGAAGCAGAGAAGAAUGCUCUCCUGGAGGAGCACGGGGCAGCCCAAGAAGAACUGAAUAAACUGAGUGAUGCAUAUGCUAAGCUACUUGGCCACCAGAACAUGAAGCAAAAAAUCAAGCAUGUUAUGAAGCUGAAGGAAGACAAUGCUCACCUGAAGCAGGAUGUCUCAAAAUUGCGUGCAUUGCUAGCCAAGGAAAAGCAAAUCAACAAACAUCUCCAGGAGCAGCUGUGUGCAGUACAGGGCAUUAAGCGUUUUGAUCCUUCCAAAGCUUUCCAGCAUGAUAGCAAGGAAAAUAUUCCUCCAAAAACACCUUUAAAAGAAGGCAAUAAAAACAAAAUUUGAAGUCUUUUUGGUAUCAAGAAAACAACCCAUAAGAUGAUUACAGGAGACUUCAACAGACUGCUUCUUCAAGAUGAACUUGGAUGCUGUAUAUAAUACAAAUCAGUAGGAGGCCUAGAGAAAUGAUCUAAAAUUAUACAUAUUUUAGAAAACCGAUGUUAUAUGGAGAAGCAAUAGGUGACAGCAUGCUUCUGACUCCUGGUAAUAUUACAGGCAUGAACUCUGAAAAGUGCUCACAGUUGCAUGUUUUGGAUAUGGUGAGGCUGCUUAGUUAGGUUUUGAACAGAGCAUUUUAAGUUUGGAGAAGGAGAAUAAGCACUGGAGAAUAAGAUUACAAGUGAAAUCGGAUUUCAUGUGAGUUUUUUUGAUUUUUAAAUAUUUUAAUUUUUUUUUUGCAUCUAUCCAGUGUAUGCAAUGCUAUGUUAAAUUAAUUUUGCUGUUUAUAGCUGCUUUGGUGCUAAUGGCAGCAAUACUGCCAAGAGAGACAUUUUUACUUCUGUGGCCUAAACACUGUAGAACCAGAGCAGAAAUGGCACUAUACACUUAAUUUUGAUAGUCUACAGGAUCUAUGUUCAGUAUAUGUUCAGAUUUAAAUCCUGGGGCUAGGUGUUGCAGCUGUUGAUCUUCAGAAGUGCAUUUUCAGGUCAAAGUCAAAUUGACUGUAUUUAUCUAAAUGUUUCUGUCCUAUGACUAAGAUUAGCGUCUUGAGAGCAAUGCUGUGUCCUCUGGGCUCUUAAACUGCCAUAAAAAUCUUUGUAGCCAGCUAUUGUAGGUGAUCAGUGCUACAGUGCCAGGGAAUAACAACAGAACUUCUCUCACCUGGGAGGAGGGACACCACAGACCUCACAUGCUUUGUGCAGACUGGAACUUUGACAAUAGGGAAAGAAUCUGUUAAACUGCAUUUUAAAUUAAGAGCAUUUUAACACAAUAAAAAUUUUAAAUUAAAGAAUUUGUUUAUUUCUUUUGAAAACCAGGUAUAAAACUCAAAAUAACAUUACAGUGGGAUUCAUCUAAUGUUCUUUUUUUCUAGUCUUUCUUCAAAACAAAGCCAAAAGUCAGUUGUGCCUCAAAAACUUCGUAUUCUCUAGUCUUAGGGAAAUUAUUUAGCUGAACUGUACAAUAUAUACAACCUGAAAUUCUCUUAUUUCUCUUAAUACAAAAGUAAAUGCUGAAUUUAAGUCAAA